UACACAAGCACCCAGUGACACCCACAACUUGAACUCCCCACCUUUGGUAUGUCAAUUGCAAACCACUACAAGUUCGACAGCCUUCUGCGGCCCUACCAGCGUCCAACAACUUUGCCAUGAGUUCUCGCCCACACCACACAGCUGCCGUUGCCGCCAACGCGAAGAUUUUCCCGGUCUUUGCAAACAGGCUUGCAUCGCACGACAUCAACGAGUACAUUAACACUGCCAAUAAACUGAAGAACUGGUUGGGUUCCGAGAAAGCGUACUAUCCUGACGCUCUACGUAAUAUUGCCCAUAAGACCUUUACGAAGCAAUUCCUUCACGCACAAUCGUCAGCACGCGCCGCCAUGGACAUAUACCGGGCUUUGAUUCACGCCGUGGUUCCUUUCUUGCUCCGACUUCAAGACUUGAUCCAAAGUUCCUCUGAGAUCUCGACUCAACCUGUCUAUCCUGUCCGGGCCGAAGGCGAAGCCACACCUCAAGAAUAUAGGGACACUUCCUCAGUAUUCACGACCGCCCAGGACACGACCCCAAGCACGCAACUAAGGUUUCCUAGUACUGCGCAAGUAGAGUUAGUUCAAUCACCUACUACAACACAGAUUUCGACCACGAUUGUACCCUGCUCAGAUAUUCGCACAGAUCCCCCGCCUAGUGCCUCUCUCGUGAGAACUUUUCCAAAACCUCAACCCAAACGCCAAUCUGUGGCAUCUUCGCUGUCUGAGCAGCUCAAAAACCGCGACCUUGAAUGGUUCAAGGCACAACACCAGCCUGCGGCUUCUCCUGACCCACGGCCUGUGAGUCCUGUGGUGGAUUCAGCUGCUCCGCUCUGUACGCUCGAUUUGUCACAUGACGCAACGGAGCUCCCUGCGGAAAAGUUACGGCCGUCUCGCGUGCCAAAGAGGGUACCUCCACAACCGGUAUCCAGUGAAUCAAUGACAGCAAACGAGCCUACAGCUCCUGCAAAUGUCGUUGAUCUGUCGAGUAUCUCGUCUUUCACCGAGGCUUCGACGCCUAUGGACGUCAAAAAGCUAAAAGAAGAAGAAAUCACACCCGCUAUAGCUGAUGUUAUUAUGAGCGACCCACUACCGGAGAUUGUGCCUCAAGGUUCAGAAACACUUCCAUUGGGUAUUCCAGAAAAUGUCGCCUCCGGGGUCACUACGCAGUCGCCAAAACCAAAUACGGAUUCCCCCGCUCUAAGGCAGCCACCUGAGAUCACCUCAGAUGAUGUGGGUGCAGAAAGUCGUGAAGAAGAAUUACCGUCAUCUCCAGUAGAUAAUACCCCUCCCCAAGUCAAUUGUCCGAGAUUUGGAGGGGAGAUGGCUGUGAUGAUGUUUCGGCAAGGACUUGAGUCACCUCGCGGGGUCAUCAAUCUUCCAUUCAAUCUCGAUGAUACACUUUAUCUCCAAAUUGCUCGGUGGGCUAAGCGCAAGUCGUCACCAAUAGAUCUGGAACAAAGUGUCUGUGUGUCGUUUGCUUGCUAUCAUCUUCCUAGUCUCCUUCCCAAUCCACCAGAAGAUGAUCAACUGCCACCGUUUGAGACACUUACGAUGCACUCGCAAUGCUCGUGGCCCACAUCUGGGGACCUUUCACUGCAGACAAAGCGGGACGGGAAGGACUUCGUCAUCCCUCUCUCUCCGCCCAUUUUCGUCACUCCAGACAAUUGCGUCGAUAUCUCUGCCUUCAUCAGGAGUGGAGAAAAUGCCUUUUCAGUGGUCCAACAGAGCGAGAUGUCAGACUAUAUGUUUGUUCUCCACGCUCACCAUCCCACGCCUGCGCAACUUAGCUAUCUGGCUUCGUGCAGACAAAGGCGUGAGAACUGGCUGCAGACCACACGUGCUUUUUGCACACCUGAGCCGAUGGAAUCGUUAUGGAGGCGAUCGCCGUUGCGGUCGUGAAGUGCUUUUGCUUUUGAUAUGACCUCGACACGUCGCCUUACUCAUUAGAUUCAACUAUAGUGAUUCGUUGAGUAUUCUUUAAUUCAUCCUAGAGUUUCGCAGUCCCGUUAUGUAUGUAUUUGUACAUCUCUUAUCUGUAGCAUAGUCUGCUAAUUGAAUUUAUUUUCCGAAUCUUC